UUCAGCAGUUAGUGUGUCUGUGUUUGUGCACCGCUGGCGUUAGGAGACAAAGGGUCUGUGCUUUUAUAUUUUUAUCAAACUAACAGUUUUACCACACUACAGACGUUGGGGGAGCAACUGCCCAUACAGUAGCCUGCUGGUUAGAAAAUGAUGGAGGAGGCUAGAGAGGGGUCACUUAGUGUGAGUGUCCAAACCAUCCGGGUCACUGAAGCCGUGAGAGACGGGGAUGCACUGACCUUCGUAGUCAUAUCCCAGAAGUUGUCAGGCAGUGGGGAGUACCAUGUGGCCAGGACUCAUGAGGACUUUGAGUGGCUGCAGCAGUGUCUGUUCUGUCAGGAGGUGGUGCCUGGGAUACUGGGGGUUAUUUUUCCUCCUCUACCAGCCAAGCCUCAGUUGAAUGCACCAACCAAAGUUCUGAAACAACUUGGUUUCUUGGCCAUGGGGGAGGACUGGCGUACGUACUGCAGGGCACUGGAGACCUAUCUCCAGCAGGUGGCAGCACACACCAUGCUCAGCAAGAACAAGUGCCUGGAGAACUUCCUCACUAGCUCAGAGCCCCCAGGUCGUCAGAGGGUGAGGAAGGGUAUCUUCAACCGCCUGAGCCAGGCCAUGGAUGGGAUGAGGAGGGAGGGCCACAAGGAUGUGGAUGACUUUUUUCAGACUGAGCGUGAUAACAACUUAACCCUCACAGGGUGCUCCAAAUCAGCAACAGAGAGGUUCAUUGACGUGGUGCUGACAGAACAAAAACUAGCAGUGGCUUGUGGACACUUCUCAACCUCUCUGCAUCUCUGUGUGGAGCAGGAGGAAGACUCCACUGUCCUGGCCUUCUCAAAGAUAUGUGUCAAGCUGUCUGAGGUCAUAGAUUCAAUCAAGAGAAACUUUGAGAGUGUUGCUGAGAACAACUUGAGCACUAUGGGGCUGGGGCUGGAUCUGGAGUCUCGGUACCAAGAGGCAGAGAAGGAGAUGCUGUACAGGAGGACCUGUAAGCUUGUGGAGCUAGAAACAGCCAGCAGGAACGCAGAGAGAGCCAAGCCUGUGAAGAAAGCUGCUAUGGAUGAAUUGAAGGUGGCAGCUGAGAAGGAGUUUGAUCAUGUAUCUGGAGUGGCUAAACAGGAGAUAGCAAGGUUCCACAGUGCUCGUGUGGAGUUGUUGCGCCAGGCUCUGAUUCUGUGGUGUGAGAAGCAGCUUGAAACAGCCAGGGACACCUCCACCCGCUACAGCCAGCACUUGCAGGCCUUCAAAGAGCUGGGGGAGUGACCACCACGGGCCAGACACAUCCCCUGCCAUGACCGCCACACACCCCUCUGACCCACCUGAACACAGUUUGACUCUGUCUGAGCACCUCACACUAAAUAUGUCCAUGUAUUGUCUAUGUAUGCGUCAAACCCUGCUUCCAUUAAACGUGUAAAUGUAAGGAAAUCAGCAUAAUCCUUAUAGCAAUAAUAACCCAAUAGCUCUCUCUCUCUCUCUCUCUCGCUCUCGCUCUCGCUCUCGCUCUCGCUCUCGCUCUCGCUCUCGCUCUCGCUCU